AUGGCCAAGGUGCGCGCGGAGAUGGAGACGCUGCUGGCGGAGUUCAAGGGCCACGUCAUCGCCAACACCGCCGACGCCGACGUGUCGAGGCCCCGCAACCUCGAAGACUCCGCCGCGUCCAGCUGCCUCACGGACGCGAACGAGCCGCGGGCCACCAACGAUCGCUCGGAGGACCGGCGUGAUCGUCAGGUCGCGUCGUGCUCCGGCAAGAGGGUGGAGGCGGAGGUGCAGAGCCGGAGGAGGUCGACGGAGGACGUGCUGGAGGAGGAGUUCCACGCCGAGCUCGAGCGGCUGCACGUCCACUACGGUGCCGACACGCCCACGUUUCCGCUAGAAGAGGAGCAGGCCGCGGCGGAGUCAUCUGACGACGACGAUGACAUUGCCGCUGACUGCCGGCAAGGCUUCGCGGAAGAAGACGAGGAUGACGACGACCACGGCCACGAUGAUGACGAUGCUGCUAGAUACCGCGGGGUUUCGGCGGUCGAGCUGGAGAGGCGGCUGCACGAGCUGCUCCACCAGCGGAACCAGGAGCGGAUCGAGGAGCUGGAGGCCGCGCUGCGGCGCGCCGAGAGGAGGCUCUUCGACAAGGAGAUGGAGGCGUCGCUCUGGAAGGACACGGCCAAGAUGGCGCUGCGGCAAGGCCACGACGACGACGACGACGAGCUGCAGUAA